AUGGCAAAGUGGUGUGUGAAAAAACACAAUCCAGAGAUUGAAGAUCAGAAAAUGUCGGUCACCAUCGCUGGGUGCAUCCAGGUCUCCAAGACAGCAACCACAACCACAAGGACCGAGGUUCCUCAUCGGGAAAACAAGAUAGAAGUUUUGAAUCAAUGGCGGGUGGAUAACAAAAUCUUCAAGUUCAAGGUUGUUAUUCCCUUGUCACAAAAGGGGGUGCUGAAUCGGAUGAUGCUGGGACGCAAACAGAUAAACCAGCCCGAUUUGGUCUUGUUGCACAGCCAUGGUACUGUCUUGUUAUACCUCGCCAGCACCAUGCAGGCUUCUGGUUUCGUGACAGACAGGACUGGCAACCCGACUCUGGUUCUGACGGUUCUUGUCAGCGUGCUAACGGGGGGAGCAACAUUGAAGAAGGCUCAGCUGCCACCCCUGUUGGAAGAAGAUCCAGAGUUCCAUCCAUGGGCCCCCCAUCAGAACAGUGGGUCGCAUGGGCGUGUCUUGCUGAGGAAUGGCAGAGGCAACUUUCCAAUGGCCAAUAUCGAAAGGACGAAUGGAUGGAUUGCAUCGGGAGAAGUCAAAGAGUGGAGUGCCCACCGGGAGUGGUGGUUCCACGAGGAUGGGUUUAGUCGCAUUAGGAAGUAUUGCCAGGACUCUAAAAAGCCAGCCAAAGCAGGGGACGCAAUUCCGGAAGGCAGCGUGAAGACAACAAAUUGUGAUAUCAUUGUCAAAAAGGAUAUGAUGGACGAUUAUGCCCACUUGAUUUCCAACCUGAUGCAGGCCCUUGUUUUGUGGUAA